CUUGUUAUACUCGCUGUGGUGAAUAUAUUUGCCGAUGUCACUUCAGGCGGCGCGGUGUGCGGAAUAUCAACAACAAUUGCAGUUUCGGUCUGAACAAGAGGAACAAGGCGACUUGGAGGAGAUGAAGUUGAGCAUAGACGGACUCCUUGUGUAUUUCCCAUAUGAGUACAUCUACCCAGAGCAGUAUGCCUAUAUGCUGGAGCUCAAGAGGACACUGGAUGCAAAGGGGCACUGUCUCCUGGAAAUGCCUUCCGGUACAGGCAAGACUGUCACCAUUCUCGCCCUUGUGGUCGCCUACAUGCUGGAGAAUCCCCACAAGAUCCGGAAGCUGGUCUACUGUUCGCGAACGGUGCCAGAAAUUGAGAAAGUCAUGGCAGAAUUGAAGCAACUUGUGAAAUACUACGAAGAGCAUGCCAUUGAGGAGUCUAACAUUCUCGGCAUUGUGCUGAGUUCGCGUAAAAACACUUGCAUCCACUCAGAGAUUAGUCGCGAGCGCGAGGGAAAGAUUGUCGACGCCAGAUGCUAUGGAUUGACCGCGAGUUACGUUCGCGAAAGGAGGAAGUAUGACGACUCCAUUCCCUCGUGUCAAUACUACGAGGGAUGGGACAUGGAGGGGAAGGAGUCACACAUUCCCACGGGAAUUUAUGCCCUGGAUGAUCUCAAGGAGUUUGGCAGACAGCGCAAUUGGUGUCCCUACUUCAUGGCCAGAUAUCUAAUAAUGCACGCGCAAAUAGUCGUCUACAGCUACCAUUAUUUGCUAGAUCCGAAGAUAGCUGAGAUUGUCUCCAAGGAGAUCCCCAAGGAAGCCGUCAUCAUCUUCGAUGAGGCCCACAAUAUUGAUAAUGUGUGCAUCGAUUCGAUGAGCGUGAAAAUCAAUCGCCGAACCAUCGAGAGAGGAACAAAUGGUCUCAACACAUUGGAGAAGACAAUAAGCAGCAUUAAGGAGACCGAUGUGAAGCGUCUCACGAGUGAAUAUCAGAAACUCGUGCAGGGACUGAAGGAGACUACAGAAGCGCGCGAGAACGAUCAGAUGUUGGCCAAUCCUGUUCUGCCGGAUGAGAUUCUGCAUGAAGCAAUCCCAGGAAAUAUACGAACAGCCGAUCACUUUAUCGGCUUCCUGAAGCGCUUCGUUGAGUAUCUGAAGACGCGAUUGCGUGUUCAGCAUGUGGUACAGGAGUCAUCGGCUGGCUUUCUCAAGGAUUGCCAAACGAAAGUGUGCAUCGAGCGGAAACCGCUGAGAUUCUGUGCAGAACGUCUGGCAUCAUUGCUGAGAACACUUGAGAUUACAGACAUGACGGAAUUCGGAGGACUUAUUGUGAUAACACACUUCGCCACUCUCGUGUCAACGUACACAAAAGGCUUUACUAUAAUCAUUGAGCCAUUUGAUGACAAAACACCAACAGUUUCCAAUCCCAUUCUCCACUUCAGUUGUCUGGACUCAUCAAUAGCCGUUCGACCGAUCUUUAAUCGCUUCCAAAGUGUCGUCAUCACAUCUGGAACACUGUCGCCCAUGGAUAUGUAUCCGAAGAUCCUCGACUUCGAUCCGGUCAUCAUGAGCUCCUUCACAAUGACCCUCGCUCGUCCCUGUCUUCUGCCCAUGAUCGUGUCCAAGGGCAACGAUCAGGUUGCCAUCUCGUCCAAGUUUGAGACGCGUGAAGACUCGGCAGUGAUCAGGAAUUACGGGCAGUUGCUCGUGGAGACGGCCAAGACCGUUCCGGAUGGCAUUGUGUGCUUCUUCACGUCGUACUUGUAUCUGGAGUCCGUGGUGGCGGCGUGGUAUGAUCAGGGCAUUGUGGACACUCUGCUGAGGCACAAGUUGCUCUUCAUCGAGACACAGGACAGCGCUGAGACGUCUUAUGCCCUCAUGAACUAUGUGAAGGCGUGUGAGUGCGGACGCGGUGCUGUUCUUCUGGCUGUGGCCAGAGGAAGAGUGUCAGAAGGAGUGGAUUUCGAUCAUCAUUUGGGCCGCGCUGUCCUCAUGUUCGGCAUUCCCUAUGUGUACACCCAAUCGCGCAUCCUCAAGGCGCGCCUCGACUAUCUGCGCGAUCAGUUCCAGAUACGCGAGAAUGACUUCCUCACAUUUGACGCCCUUCGACAUGCAGCGCAGUGUGUUGGUCGAGCCAUUCGCGGGAAGACGGAUUACGGCAUAAUGGUGUUCGCUGACAAGAGAUUCUCGCGCCAGGACAAGCGUGGAAAGCUGCCCAAGUGGAUUCAGCAGCAUCUCACCGACAAUUACUGCAAUCUGAGCACAGAGGAGGCAAUGCAACUGGCCAAGCGCUGGCUCCACAUUAUGGCGCAGCCCUUCACCAGAGAAGAUCAAUUGGGCGUCUCUCUGCUGACGCUGGAGCAGCUGGAGAACACGAAGAAGGAGAAACUGGAGCAACAGGCGCAAGGCGACGCCAUGGAUGUCUCUUGAACCUCUGUGUUGUGUGUUCUCUGUCUAUUUUCCAUGAAGCGAAGUGAAAAUACAGCCAUUAAGCGUGCGAGAAAAACAUGUGACAAUUCUCUUCAUCAAGCGCAACACAAUGGAGAGGAGCAGUAAAAGGGUUUUCAAGAGAGAUUUAACAACUUCAACCGGUUUCCUCAGCCAGAGAGACACACUCCAUCUCCAGAGCCACACAAGACAAAUCCACCAGCAAAGCUGUACAAGAGGCA